AUGAAGCUGUCAAUUCUCGCAUCCAUCAGCGCCACCGCCGCAGCACUGACACCGGGAGAGUAUCUGACUUGGGCCGCCGACUCUUUCGUUCAGCGGGGUGUCGACAAGGACUUCAGCUACCAAACUUCUGUCCUCUACUACGGCUACCAAGCCGCGAUCAACCUCACCUCAAACCAAACCUACGUUGAUUGGUACCAGUCCCAAAUUGACGGCAUUGUUCUGGACAAUGGAACCAUCGCAGAUUGGAACUACACCUACUACUCUUUAGAUGACUAUCGCAUUGGCACCGACUUCCUCUGGUGGUACAACCGCACCGGCGAGGAGAAGUACAAGUCCGCUGCCGAUAUUAUUCGCGAACAACUGAACCGCCAUCCGAGAAACCGUGAGGGUGGCUUUUUCCACCGCAGCCCGAUCUAUGCGUGGCAGAUGUGGCUCGACGGAAUCUUCAUGGCCGAUUCAUUCUACGCGCAAUGGACGGCGCUCUUCGACAACGGCAACACGACUGCUUGGGAUCACAUCGUGAAGCAGUACGACCUUAUCGAGAGACAUUGCCGCAAUCAAACAACUGGGUUGCUUGUGCAUGGCUACGACGAAAGCAAGACCGCGGUCUGGGCCAAUCCUGUCACCGGCGCCGCACCCAAUGUCUGGUCACGAGCUGUAGGGUGGUAUCUCAUCUCCCUGUUGGAGGUGAUCCCAUACAUCCCAUCGACUCACCCGGGCAAAGAGAAGCUUACAAGCUACUACACCACUCUGGCUUCCGCUGUCAAGGCUCACCAGGACACCUCAGGAGGCUGGUGGCUCGUAAUGAACGCACCCUACCCGGCCAUGGAAGGAAACUACAUCGAGAGCAGCGCAAGCGCAAUGUUCACGUACGGGCUCUUCGCGGGCAUGCGCAAUGGUCUUCUCAACGAAACGGAGUACUACCCGACCGCCACCAAGGGAUACGAACUCCUUACAAGCAGAUUUGUCGAAAGCAAUUCUACGGAUGGAACUCUGAACUGGGAGGGCACCGUGGAGAUCGGAAGCUUGGGCAGUAAUGGAACAUUCGAGGUGAGAUUGUAUCUUCCCUUCCCUCUUUGUUCGAUUCAGCGGAGAAUUCUAAUGCGCGAGCCGUAGUACUACAUCAGCGUUGAUGUGGAUAAGAACGAUUACAAGGGUGUUGGGCCUUUUAUGUUGUCGAGUCAACCUUACUUGAAUCCUUUGUGA